AUGGCUAUGGUCACUGAAAUUCCCGGCGACUCUGCUGGCGGCGAUCCAAACAAGAAACCCGAAGAACCCAACAAGAACCCGCAAGAAGAAGAGAAUCAAAACAAGAAACUGAACCAAGAAGAAGAUCAAGAAGAAGAAGAAGAAGUAGAGAAUCUUGCUCGAGACAUUCCACUUAUAAAUCGUGAUCACAUCCCUGAAGAACUCUGCGAAAUCAUCGUCGCACGCGUCCCAAGAUGCCAUUACCCGAGGCUAUCUCUACUCUCUAAAGCCUUCCGUGACGUAAUCUCUUCGGAGCAACUCUUCGUAACACGCUCGGACCUAGGCGUGACUGAACCGGUUCUUUAUACCUUGAUCUCGUCGCCACCUUUUGACCCUCCAAGCUGGUAUAUACUCCAUGGAAACAACAUCUCAUUAAGUUUAAGCAGAGUCACUUCAAUUCCUCCGAUGUUCCCUGGAUGCACUGCCGUCACAAUAGGACACAAGAUUUACGUUAUCGGUGGUUUUGACGUCAGCUAUAAUCGACCCGUGAGGACUAUGUUUGUCAUAGAUUGCAGAUUCAAUACUUGUCGCCAGCUCCGGAGUAUGAACAAGGAUCGAUGCUACGCAGCCGCCGGUGUAAUCGAUGGAAAGAUUUACGUAGUCGGAGGUAGCGAGAAACGAUAUUAUGAUUGGGUGGAGGUGUUCGAUGUUGAGAAUGAGACUUGGGAAGUUGUGUCUGGUCCAUUCCCUCCCGUUGCUAGUUGGAGAGGAAUGUAUAUUGCACAUGUGGUUAUGGAAGAUAAGAUUUACAUUUUGGAUGGUCCUUUUUGUUUGGCUUACGAUCCAAGACUAGGUAGAUGGGAGAAUUGGGGACUUGAAAGUCCAAAGAGGCAGUGUUGGGGGCCGUCUUCUUGUAUGGUUGAUGGUUUGUUGUAUGCCUUUAAUCCUCAGCCGUUUCCUGAACCUCCCAUUCUCGUGUAUGAUCCAAAGGAUAUGGAUUGGAGAUCUGUAAAGGGUAUAACUCUUUGGCCUCGUCUCGUUUAUACUGAUUCUAGGAUGGCAAAUGUUGGUGGGAAGUUGGUGAUUUUGGGUCGUUGUCAGCCGUAUCAUCACUUGAAAACAGAUGUUUGGUGCGUAGAGGUGGCCUUGGAGAAACGUGAAGAUGGUGAUAUUUUGGGGAAGGUCGAAAUCAAAUCAAUAUCGCUUGUGCAUUCAUUCCGCGAGUUUCCUUGCAUUGAGCUUUCUCGAACUGUUACGGUUUGA